AAAGCGGAAUAAUAAUGGGGGAUCCAUUUUCUGUCUAUCGUAGGAAAUAAAGAGAAGAAGAAGAAGAGGAGCUCAAGAAGAAGAGCCUUUCAUGAUUUCAGAAAGAGCUCCUUCUUCGUUGACUCUAUUAGACUUGUGAAAAUUGUCGUCACCAAACCAGAAAUUAGGCAGUUCUUGAGCUUUUCCUUAGGUUUCUUACGAAUAGGGAGAUCCGAAUGUCAGGUCUCAAUCGAUCUUCGAGUGUUCCAUCCAAGAACGGCUUCCCUCCCCAAGAACUCCUCGAUGAUCUGUGCAGUCGGUUUGUGCUGAAUGUGCCAAAAGAAGAUCUAGAAUCAUUUGAGAGGAUUUUAUUUCUUGUGGAAUAUGCCCAUUGGUUCUAUGAGGACAAUUCUGUGGAAAAGAACCCGUCGCUGAAAUCAUUCACUCUGAAGGAGUUUACUACUUUGAUAUUUAACAACUGUGAUGUUUUAAGACCUUAUGUUCCUCAUAUAGAUGACAUUUUCAAGGACUUCACUUCGUACAAAGUUAAGGUUCCUGUAACUGGGGCCAUCAUUUUGGAUGAGUCUUAUGAACGGUGCUUGCUAGUGAAAGGAUGGAAGGGAACAAGUUGGAGUUUCCCCCGUGGGAAAAAGAACAAAGAUGAGGAAGACCAUAAAUGUGCAAUUAGAGAG